AUGGGUCAAGAAUCGUUGAUAUACAGCUUCGUGGCUCGUGGCACAGUGGUAUUGGCGGAGUACACCGAGUUCACCGGCAACUUUCCGGCGAUUGCAGCACAGUGUCUGCAGAGAUUGCCUUCUUCCAAUAACAAGUUCACUUACAAUUGUGAUCAUCAUACUUUUAACUUCCUAGUUGAAGAUGGCUUUGCUUAUUGCGUUGUAGCCAAAGAAUCUGUUGGAAAGCAUAUCUCAUUCACGUUUCUGGACCGCAUUAGAACUGAUUUCAAGAAAAGAUAUGGUGGCGGUAAAGCAAGUACAGCAGUUGCCAAGAGUCUCAAUAAGGAAUUCGGGCCUCUUAUCAAAGAGCAAAUGCAAUAUACAAUAGACCACGCUGAUGAGAUUGAUAAGCUGUUAAAAGUGAAGGCUCAAGUUUCACAAGUCAAAAGUAUUAUGCUGGAGAAUAUAGAUAAGGCUGUUGAUAGAGGAGAAAACUUAACCAUUCUUACCAACAAAGCUGAAGAGCUGCGUGAUUCAGCCAAAGAAUUCCAGAAAACAGGGACGCAAGUCAGAAGAAAGAUGUGGUAUCAGAAUAUGAAAAUAAAGUUGGUCGUGCUCGGAAUUCUCCUCCUCUUGGUCCUUAUCAUCUGGGUUUCCAUUUGCCAUGGUUUCAACUGCACCAACUAG